ACAUCGUGAGGCGAGCGGAGGAGAGAACUGACAGAGGAUCAGUCUGAGCGGAGAGGAGGCAGCAGCAGCCACUGUCCACGUAUCAGCUCCAUAACUGAAUUUAUUUCACCUAAAGAAACAAGAGGCAGAAAACCCACAGCGACGCGUCCCUCUGGAAACAUGUUACCGACGACGAGCCGGGCGUUCACCCAGAGAGCGUAGCGUUAUGGACCGGGUACAGCAGUGACUUAGCCCGCUAGCUAGCCGAGCAAUGCUAGCUGGAUACUAGCGCGUCCCAGAGGAGACCAGCGAUGACUGACAGCGACUUGUCCGGAUACACACGUGUUAAUGUGAGAGCUGCCACGCACAGGUUCGUCUCCGAGAAGGUCCAGUCCUCGCACAGGCGGCCAUGGACAACGUGAAGACACGCAGUUUCAGCAAUGAUGAGGAUGAAGAGGUGAUCUCCACAGACCCAGAAAGCAAAGAGAAGAGCAAAGAUAAAAAGACACUGUGCAAAGUGAAGUGGUCCCGAGAUGAGGAUGAAAAGCUGAAAAAACUUGUCGAGCAGCAUGGAACUGAGUCCUGGAAAUUAAUAGCCAACUUUUUUCAAGGGAGGACAGAUGGCCAGUGUCAGCACCGCUGGCAGAAGGUGCUCAACCCAGAGCUGGUGAAAGGACCCUGGACAAAAGAGGAGGAUCAAAAGGUUAUUGACCUGGUACACAAAUAUGGCCCCAAGCGUUGGUCAGUGAUUGCAAAGCACCUCCAGGGCAGGAUUGGAAAGCAAUGUCGUGAACGGUGGCACAAUCACCUCAACCCGGAGGUGAAGAAGUCUUCAUGGACUCAGGAAGAGGAUCGAAUCAUUUAUGAGGCCCAUAAACGUCUUGGCAACCGCUGGGCAGAGAUCUCCAAGCUUCUUCCUGGACGGACAGACAACUCCAUCAAGAACCACUGGAACUCCACCAUGAGGAGGAAGGUAGAGCACGAGGGUUACCUGCAAGAUAACAGCAAGACCAUGACCUCCUCUCACACUGGAGGGAAGAGACGCCACCACAGGCUGUGCCCCCCAACUCCAGCUGAGCCUCAGAGCUGUGAUCGCAGUCCCCUGUCGAUACCAGGACCCAACCAGAUGGGGGGUUAUACGUGUGAUCCUCACAGUGGACACAUGAUGGACUGUCUUCCUGAAAAUUCAGGCUUCAUUCUGCCAUCGUGCCUGGACGAUCCUGACAGAGAGCAAAGAAUUAAGGAGCUUGAGCUGCUGCUUAUGUCAGCAGAGAGUGAAGUCCAGCGACAAGUGCAGUGCAGAGCUCCAUGUAGCUUGGAGCAGUUCUCCGUCUGGUCAGACAGUUUGUCCGAUGACACGUUGACAACAAGUGGCAGCAGCUUGGGGGAGCAGGCAGAGAGAAAACCCUGGAGGGGCACUGAGAUUCCCCAGGCUCCUCCAGCACAGCUUCCUAUCUCUCCUAGUCUCCUGGCAUUGGAGGCCAGCACCGUGCUCUCAACCCUGCAGACCAUACCGGAGUUUGCAGAAACCAUGGAGCUCAUUGACUCCAUGUGUUUUGCUCUGCAGGACCCUGUUGCGUGGAGUGAGGUGGCCAGUUUUGACCUGUCAGACACAGCGUCCCCGCCCAGGCACAAUCUGGCAGGCUACACCACCCUCCUGCAAGAGAGGACCAUGGAUAAUUCAAUGGAUUACACUCUCAACACUCCCACUGCCGUAUCAGGCCGAGACAAGAACUGUGCUUCCUUUGGUCUUGGGAGUGUCACUUCCCUGACUCCCAUCAACUCGUCCAAACCUUCCCAAGCAUCCCUAGGGAGGAGGAGGAGGAGAGAGAGGGGAGAACCAUCUCCUUUAUGCGACAGGACCUGCUCGUCUCUCUUGGAAAAUAACUCAAAUUCUCCAAAGAAAACGCCAACAAAAUCACUGCCAUUUACCCCAUCAAGAUUCUGCAACAUAUCAGGGGCGGAACAUCUGAGUCUGGAUAACCCUGCCCUCACCUCAACUCCUGUGUGUGGCCAGAGGUGUCUCUUGUACACGCCGCUCCACAAAGAAACCACACCUAAGCACCAGAAGGAGAAUGAUGGUUCGCGGACACCCAAAUUCUGUAAAACUAUAAUGAUUCCAACCCCAAGGACACCGACUCCUUUCAAAAAUGCUUUGGCUGCUCAGGAAAAAAUGCACGGGCCCCUAAAGAUGGAGCCGCAGCCUUUAGCAUUUCUAGAAGAGGACAUUCGAGAAGUUUUGAAGCAGGAGACCGGAGCAGACAUCUUUAACAGAGCAGACAACCAGCCAGACUACAGAGCAUGGAAACACAAUAUGGAUGGCCCAGCUAGAAAAGUGCGCAAGUCCCUUGUGCUAGACCCUUGGGGUAAAGACUGCCUCAACACCCAACUCUUCCAGGAGCAGCGCAACAACACAGAAAAGCCGGAGGAAAGUCUUCUGACGAGCUCCUCGCUGGUCACCCUGACCCCUGAGCAAGAGGAGCGCAGCAGCCAAAGGGAGGAGCCCGCACUUGUUCCUGUGCAUCCCAAUCGCUUUACGAGCCUGCGGGUGAAGAAGCUCUCCCCCUCCCACAAAGCAGCAAAACACACAGCUGUUCAGGUGAGUGAGUGGGAAGCAGUGGUUUAUGGGAAGACAGAGGACCAGCUGAUUAUGACAGAACAGGCCCGUCAGUACCUGAACCCUUACCCGUCGUCUGGCUCUACCUCAAGGGCCCUUGUGCUUUGAAGCCGUCCCCUUACUACGCAGGCAACACUACCACAUCCAUCCCAACACCGAAAACCUCCACUGAAUCCUGUAAGAGACAAUCCAGUGAAGACAAAUGAUUUUUAUUUUGAUACAGAAAUGCACUGCCAACGACGUCCACACAAAGGCAUGGCUGCCUAUUAACACACAUUUCUACGUCACUGCCCGAGUAGUUUGUUGUUUACAGCUUUGACUUGUACUCUCUUUUGAAACCUGGCUACAUGAGCAGUUUUGUACAGAUAUGAAAAAAGGCUAGAUUUUUUCUGCACUAGUUAGAAAUGUUGAAACAACCUGCACAUACAGUAGGCUGUAGAAAUAGUGUUUAUUACUAGCAGUGGCUGCUUCUGAGUUUUAUAUUGUUAAUAUAUUGUUUAAAUAACAAGCAACACAUUUUAUGACGUAUUGCUACUCAUUGUGUAUCAACUUGUUUUCGUUAAGCUGCCCCGUACAUACAACAUCUGUAGCUUUUUAUUGCCGCCCAUGUAUCUUUAAAAUCACACCAUGGGUUGUGAACAUAGAUAUUAACAGUACAGAAUAUAAUAUUAAGCAUUGCAAGCAUUUAAAACUAGAAUGGCGAUCAGUAGAGCGCAUACCUCCAUCAACCGUGCCCUUUUGAAACCACAUUUAUAUUCAUUAGAUCCAGAUUUUUAUUUGGAUCUGCACCAAAUUGUACACACUCAUAAAUAUCGGACCCUAAACAUGCCUGGUCUUUUUUCAUCAAGUUCCUCUGAGUAUCAAGGAAAAUGUUGAAAAAUGCCAAAUCUCACUAUGGUACAGAAAGUGACAUAAAAUGUCCUGGUUUCGCAAAAAAAUUUAACGAGUUCUUCACUGAUCUUUACCGCAUCCUUCCACCAAGUUUUGUGGCAAAUAUAUAGUUUUUGCAUAAUCUUGCAUACGAACAAACAAGUGGACGGGUGUGAAAACAAGACAUUUGAAGGGACAGUAGUGUUAUUGCUGAAUCACGGUGAUGUGAAGUUUGUGGGGAUGGAAAUAUAAAGCUGUCAGUAUUGCACUACUGAGUCGAUUUUGCUGCUGAGAAAGGAGCAGUGUUUUAAGGGCUAACUGGAUAGCACUUGUGAUGGUAUCUUCUUCUUUUCCUUUAAACAACACAUUUCGUUUCAAGGCCAUAGUGUCCGUCGAGACAUCGGUUGAAUGUAUUUCAUUGCAAUGUACAUGUGGAAGAACCUCAAGAAUGGAAGGGUACCUUUAUGUUUAUUUCUGUUUGUUUUAUUUAUUAUCUGACAGCUCUAAAGCUUAGAUAUUAAUAUAAAUCAGAUACCAUGAGUUUUUAAAAAAAAAUAAGUUUAACUUUGCUGACAAAACAGCCUCAAAAAUAGAAGAAAAACCCUCAUUUGCUCUAAAAGCUGUUCUGAAGAAUAAUCACCGUUUCUUCGGUCAGUCGUCACUGACCAGUUUUCAUAUCUUUUGUGUUCUACAACUGGCAUUGGGUGGAGAAGGAUCUACUUUUUAUGUGAAGGCUGUGGGUUUUAUUUAUUUAAUGUUUACUAAUUUAUUUAUUUCUUUAAAACAAAUCAUUUAAGAGAAAUUAUUGAAGAAUUUUAUUGUCUUUUUCAAAAAUCAGGAUUGGGCUACCGUUCAGUUCCAUUACUCCAAGUUAGACAAACGUGCACUGCCACUAAUUUAAGUUGAAUUUCUUUUUUUCCUGGACAGGCAAGAUAAUAAUAAUCAGUGUCUAGUUGACUCUGUGCUCUUGUAACAUAUAGAUAGGUCAUUUUUCUUCUCGUUACUCAAACGUGCUCUUUGCUAUUAGGUAGCAGGACUCUAUCUCUGACCUCUAAUCAUAGACAAAUUGCACUUUUUACUCAUUUAAUUCGAAAUCCUUGUUUGUUCUGAUGAUGUAGCUCUUGUCCUUUUUAUUUGUGUGUUUGAGUAUGCGUGAGUGUGUAAGAUGGAUGUCUCCCGAUUUUGUAAUGCUGACAUUAAGCUCAUGCAGCUUGAUUUUCACAUGUUCAUUUCUCCUGUUCUGCUGCGGAAUUGUGUAAAUACACUACUUAUAAACCUUCCAUGAAACAUGUUUCGACAAGAUGUCUGUGCAAAGAAAAAUCACAGCUAACACAGAACAUCCUGUUUCAACAGAAUCUAAAUUGAUCACUGCUAAAGCAAGCGUGUCAACGACCUUGCAUCCUGCUGAAACGCCUUUGAGCGAGACCCUAAAUCCCUGAUCACUCAUGAUAUUAAUGAUAAUUUCAUUCUGAGGAAACACUGUGCUUCCACGUUCCAUGAAGGAAACUUUCUUUAAUCUGGUUAAGUAACACGACAGCUAUAAAUGGUCUUUGUAUUGUCAGCAUUAAUGGAACCAGUAUUAGUUAUAAUCUGGAUUAUCCUGCGUUAAGCGUUGGAGUGAGAAUAAGAAGGGAAUCUUGUCAGGGAGAUCAAGUGGAAAAUAUCCGGAGUAAAUGGUACAUGACUCUAAAACAGAAAGUAGAGAAACAUCCACAUGCAACAUUUGUGUAAAAAAUUUUGUGUGUGUCUAAUCUGUAUAUAUCUGUUCUGUUUGUUGCUUUGACUUGUUUUUGUACAUUCCAUUUUAUUAAAUCCAAGUUAACAUGUUUGUACGUUAACAAAACUUGGCCAUGUAACAUCAUAGGUUUUGAGGGAAUUAAGUACGAUGGUAGCAUUUGUCAUAUACUACUGUAGUUAUGCAUGAGCGAUACACAAGAUGCUGAACUCUGCUUUUAAAUACAGAAUCACAGACUCACAACUAUGUUUUGUAGCAUUUCCAGUUGAAAUCAUAACCAAGUCACCAUAGAAAUCCUGCCAACUGUCUUUGUAACCGUGUACUUAAUU